UCCUUAUUGCUAUAACAACCAAAGGCGCGGUCAAGCAGGCAGCGUGACUCAAUAGAAUAGCGUUUCAAUUCAGACGGACACCAACCGACCGACCGACACCUCCAACCAGAGUCAUCUUUCUGUCAAGUAACAUAGCCUAAACAGAAUCCAGAGAGCUAUAAUCCAUUGUUGCAAAGCGAAUGAGACAGAAUAACGAAGGAGCUCCCCGCCUGUUACGUCAGAGAUUAGGCAGUGUUAUAACCUGUAGGUAGGCUGCUACAUGUAACUGGUGGUAGGGCUGUAGCCUACUGUAGAGUAGGACACCUUUGCUUUCGCAGCGCAGCGGUUGUAUGGAUGGGCUGAGCAAAGCAAGGUUUAAAACUAACUGGGCGACAAUCAGGAAGAAACCCUAUUCAGUCCUACUUUUUGUCGACUAGAGACGGGGCACCAUCCCCACUGAGUCAGCACAAGAAGGUGACAUUCUUUGUGAAGCGGUACCUCUAAUCUUCUCACGUCUGUCUUCCCUGUGACGACAUGGCGAGUGAGAACGGAGAGUCUGGGGGGGGAUCUUGGAAAAAGAAUGUCGAUGAUAUCAAGAAGGUAUUCGAGUUCAAAGAAGUCCUUGGAACUGGUGCGUUCUCAGAAGUGGUAAUGGCCAGGGAGAAGACCACAGGGAAGAUGGUUGCAGUGAAGUGUAUCCCGAAGAAAGCACUGAAGGGGAAGGAGACCAGCAUCGAGAACGAAAUCGCCGUGCUACGGAAGAUAAAACAUGAGAACAUUGUGGCUUUGGAGGACAUCUAUGAGAGCCCCAACCACCUAUACCUCAUCAUGCAGUUGGUGUCUGGGGGUGAGCUGUUUGACCGCAUCGUAGAGAAGGGCUUCUACACAGAGAUGGACGCCAGCAGACUCAUUACACAGGUGCUGAAUGCUGUCAACUACCUCCACGACAUGGGCAUUGUACACAGAGACCUCAAGCCAGAGAACCUUCUCUACUACAACCCCCAUGAUGAGGCUAAGAUCAUGAUCAGUGACUUUGGUCUGUCUAAGAUGGAGGGGACAGGAGACGUGAUGGCUACAGCCUGUGGGACGCCAGGAUAUGUGGCCCCAGAGGUUCUGGCUCAGAAGCCCUACAGCAAAGCAGUGGACUGCUGGUCUAUUGGAGUCAUCGCUUACAUUCUGUUGUGUGGCUACCCUCCGUUCUAUGAUGAAAAUGACUCCAAGCUCUUUGAGCAGAUACUCAAGGCCGACUAUGAGUUUGAUGCACCGUAUUGGGAUGAUAUAUCUGACUCAGCCAAACAGUUCAUCAGCUCUCUGAUGGAGAAGGAUCCAGAGAAGAGAUUCACCUGUGACCAGGCUCUAGCCCACCCCUGGAUUGCUGGGGACACGGCUCUCUGCAAGAACAUCCAUGAAUCAGUCAGUCGGCAGAUGAGGAAAAAUUUUGCCAAAAGCAAAUGGAGGCAAGCGUUUAACGCCACAGCAGUGAUCCGUCAUAUGAGGCGUCUCCAGUUGGGCAGUAGUCUGAGCAGCAGCUUUGGAAGCAGUAUGAGUAUGGACCAACCAGGACAGAAUUCUAUGCCAGCCAAGAGCAUGUCUGUAGACUGUGCCUCUCUCUCACGCAAAGACGGUCCUCUACAACCUCUGUCCACUCUGCCUCCUCUGCCAUCCUCCCCUGCAGCCUGCAGCGCCCCCGUUAGCAUUGGAGUGGAACCACAUGUAGAACCACAGGCGGUGGCUCCAGCGGCAGUGGUGGAGGCGCCCCGGCCACGCCCCUCCACGGUCACCACCAUCCACACGGGGACUAAAUGACAUCAGGUUCCACGGGAGGUCAGCUGGGAGACCACAGAGCUUUGAGUCGGGAUUCCAUGAUUACAAUUCCGCCCCUCAGAAUUCCACAAUUCGUCUCUCUUAGUCUGCCCACCACGCCCAUUCUCAGCUGCUGGGAUUGAGAACUUGAGGAGCUGUUCAAGGCUCCAUUUACUAUGGAUGCAGUCUCAGUGCAGCACUCUGAUGUCCACACCCUCCACAGGAGGAGUAUUCAGUAAUGUGAAAUAGAAAGACGAGAACUGACAAGAUUUCCUAUUCUAUCUAACUUAUCUGUUCUACACCAUAUAUUCCUAUUUGAACAUUCUGCCUGCUAACGGGCCACAGGUCUGGUGGAGAAGAGAUGAGGACCGCUGACUGUCUCGUUCUGUCCUCCUGACCAGAGGGUGGCCAGUGGGGUCAGUCUCCCAGUCCUUGAAUUGGGUCGGUACGGAGGAAUUGCAACCUCAAAUGUUCACCUCUUUUUGAAUAUUCACUCUAAACAUUGUAUCAUUUCAGCCAGUAGUUUUGAAAGUAGUGCUCACCCCAACCCCCCCCCCCCCCAGGCACAUUUGUUAUUGUUUUUGUUUUGAGGAAAUGAGCAUCCGGCAACGUAGUAAAAACUGUUGGUUGUUUUGAAGUAACGUCUUUGUCGUGUUAAUGUCGCUGUUUCACCGCUAUGGAUUGAAGCUUUAAGAUCCUAUUCCAUCUCUUUAAAAUAUGGUACUGUAAGAUUAAAAUGACCACCUGAAAUCUUUGUCAUAGCACUGCCAUGUUGUAAGACUGUCCACCGAGAGACAAAAAGAAAACCUGUUUGUAUGGUGGUGUUAGGAGGCCACACUAUGGGAACUCAACAGGUUUUUAUUAUUAGUCUUAAUUAUUGAGACUGCUGUAACUCUGUGACUGUGAGACUGCUGUAACUCUGUGACUGUGAGACUGCUGUAACUCUGUGACUGUGAGACUGCUGUAACUCUGAGACUGUGAGACUGCUGUAACUCUGUGACUGUGAGACUGCUGUAACUCUGUGACUGUGAGACUGCUGUAACUCUGUGACUGUGAGACUGCUGUAACUCUGUGACUGUGAGACUGCUGUAACUCUGUGACUGUGAGACUGCUGUAACUCUGUGACUGUGAGACUGCUGUAACUCUGUGACUGUGAGACUGCUGUAACUCUGUGACUGUGAGACUGCUGUGACUGUGAGACUACUGUAACUCUGUGACUGUGAGACUGCUGUAACUCUGUGACUGCGAGACUGCUGUAACUCUGUGACUGUGAGACUGCUGUAACUCUGAGACUGUGAGACUGCUGUAACUCUGAGACUGUGAGACUGCUGUAACUCUGUGACUGCGAGACUGCUGUAACUCUGUGACUGCGAGACUGCUGUAACUCUGAGACUGUGAGACUGCUGUAACUCUGUGACUGUGAGACUGCUGUAACUCUGAGACUGUGAGACUGCUGUAACUCUGUGACUGUGAGACUGCUGUAACUCUGUGACUGUGAGACUGCUGUAACUCUGAGACUGCGAGACUGCUGUAACUCUGAGACUGUGAGACUGCUGUAACUCUGUGACUGUGAGACUGCUGUAACUCUGAGACUGCGAGACUGCUGUAACUCUGUGACUGCGAGACUGCUGUAACUCUGUGACUGCGAGACUGCUGUAACUCUGUGUCUGCGAGACUGCUGUAACUCUGUGAAUGUGAGACUACUGUAACUCUGUGACUGUGAGACUGCUGUAACUCUGUGACUGUGAGACUGCUGUAACUCUGAGACUGUGAGAUUACUGUAACUCUGUGACUGCGAGACUGCUGUAACUCUGUGACUGUGAGACUGCUGUAACUCUGUGACUGUGAGACUGCUGUAACUCUGUGACUGUGAGACUGCUGUAACUCUGUGACUGUGAGACUGCUGUAACUCUGUGACUGUGAGACUGCUGUAACUCUGUGACUGUGAGACUGCUAUGACUCUGUGACUGUGAGACUACUGUAACUCUGUGACUGUGAGACUGCUGUAACUCUGUGACUGUGAGACUGCUGUAACUCUGAGACUGUGAGACUACUGUAACUCUGUGACUGCGAGACUGCUGUAACUCUGAGACUGUGAGACUGCUGUAACUCUGAGACUGUGAGACUGCUGUAACUCUGUGACUGCGAGACUGCUGUAACUCUGUGACUGCGAGACUGCUGUAACUCUGUGACUGUGAGACUGCUGUAACUCUGAGACUGUGAGACUGCUGUAACUCUGUGACUGUGAGACUGCUGUAACUCUGUGACUGUGAGACUGCUGUAACUCUGUGACUGUGAGACUGCUGUAACUCUGUGACUGUGAGACUGCUGUAACUCUGUGACUGUGAGACUGCUGUAACUCUGUGACUGUGAGACUGCUGUGACUGUGAGACUACUGUAACUCUGUGACUGUGAGACUGCUGUAACUCUGUGACUGCGAGACUGCUGUAACUCUGUGACUGUGAGACUGCUGUAACUCUGAGACUGUGAGACUGCUGUAACUCUGUGACUGCGAGACUGCUGUAACUCUGUGACUGCGAGACUGCUGUAACUCUGUGACUGUGAGACUGCUGUAACUCUGAGACUGUGAGACUGCUGUAACUCUGUGACUGUGAGACUGCUGUAACUCUGUGACUGUGAGACUGCUGUAACUCUGAGACUGUGAGACUGCUGUAACUCUGUGACUGUGAGACUGCUGUAACUCUGUGACUGUGAGACUGCUGUAACUCUGUGACUGUGAGACUGCUGUAACUCUGUGACUGUGAGACUGCUGUAACUCUGUGACUGUCAGUGUUGGGCACAGAACACCCUCUAGGCCUUGUGUUUAAUAUCGCACAUGGAAACCAUGGGAAACCGUUGAGUGGAGUUAGCGUUUCAUGCAACUGAAACAGAGCAUUCAAGGCUAAAAUAGUAAUUCCAUAUUAUUCUCAAUCAUAGUUUCUAAUUGUUUUAAAAGCUUGAAUGUUUUGCUGCAGUUGUUGUUACGGUUGAGUACGUCACUAUUUCAUUGUUCCCAACUGUAGGAAAGAGCUGUUGUAUAUUUGAUUUGCGUUUUCUGGAUAUAGAAUGUCAGUGAAAUAAAUAUCUAUCUGCAGAGUCAUGCACCCACACACAUCUGUGAAUGAAGUGCUUUACUAGUGUGAGAUGAUCAAAUCAGUUUUGAUAUUACUGUAGUGACAGUUCUGAUUUGAUUGUACACUUUUCCUAAUAGAAAGGUAAUGUAUUAUGUAUUGUCUUAUAUUUAAUGACGUCUGUAAGAACAGUACUUACAUGUACGUGGGUCACUAGACUUUUAUGUUGAAAUAUAUAAAUGUUAGGCUAUGUUAAUAAGAUAAAGGUAUAGUUAUUGCUUUUGUCGUUUAGUAUUUUAUUUGACGGACGUUUUGGAUUCAUUGCGAUGUAACUGUGAAGCCAUGCUUAGCAUAAGGAUGCAGCGUUUGAACACGUUCUCAGGGAAAUUCUUUGAGGAACAUUUGAGGACAUGAAACCCCAGUUAUGGUGAUGAAGUUGAUGAUGACGAAGAUGAUACAUGUAUUGACUAAAGCACACGUUGCAUAUUAUUACGUGCCAUCAGGACAGUUGGGCUCAUAAUUCAUAGCCUUGUGAGGGCAGUUUGAUAUAUCCCAUAGUUGGGGGUUUGUUUUAAAUUUGUAUAAUACAAGGCUAAGAAUGAAAGAAGGCAUAUGAUAACUAUUACCACUGUACUGUAGUUUUAUUUAAACACUGAAAAUGACAAACUACGAAAUAAAGAUUGAAGUAAUUUGAUAA